UACUUGCAUUUUUCAGACUUUUUGCAGAUCACUGGUAUUGUUCGAGAUUCAAAGGGUGGUGGAGGAAUCGCUGGAAAUGAUGGUUGAGUUCCUUGAUCAUGAGAAUGUGAUCUUUCAUCCUCAUCAGCCAUUGUGACAAGUGACAGUACGUACACAGAAGGGCCUACACGCCUACACAGUUACACAGAGUAUGUCUAUUACAUAGUACGUUGUUCACAAUACACACAGUAGUAGUAGUCUAGUCAUUCAAUAAAUUUAGUUUCGUUAAAUUUCUUGUCUACUCAAAUUUUUAGAUGAACUUCCCGGAAAAAUAUGGCCAAGGCUACGGAAACAAGAGUAUCCAUUAUUGUUUUUCAUUCUCAUUUUAGUUUCUACUAUAAGCGUACAUUUUGAACCAAAGUAGGCACGAAUAUUAAAAAUAUAGGGCCUAAACCAAGCAUGCACAUGUUUGGCCUAGAAUCUGCCAGCUUAUUAAAUUUCCAGUAAUGCACAAUAAUUUUUUGGACUUUUUAUACGUAUACCGGAACCGGAAACUGGAAACUUGAUGUUUCCUUCCGUAAAUAAACUUGGAAGACAACGUUGUUUGAAACGAAAUUAGGAUACUCAGCGCUCAGCAGUUUUGAUUGUAGGGCAAGAGUUCUAAGUCGUGCUUUUAGUAUGGAGACCGAUUCCACUGAAACCCAAGGCAGUCUUGAAUCUGGUGAAUCGUCAGGGGCGUCUGCAUCCAGUUCUGAAGCUUGUGGUGCCAUAAAGCCAACAUGUGUUAUUGUUCUUGGAAUGGCUGGAUCUGGGAAAACAAGCUUCGUUCAGAGGCUGACAGCUCAUCUGCAUAUGAAAAAGAGCCUUCCAUAUGUGAUUAACCUUGAUCCAGCUGUCAUUGAAGUUCCUUUUCCUGCUAACAUUGAUAUCCGAGACACAGUCAACUACAAAGAAGUGAUGAAACAUUACUCUCUUGGACCAAACGGAGGUAUAGUCACUUCCUUGAAUCUGUUUGCCACGCGGUUUGACCAGGUGAUGGGCUUUAUUGAUGGCAGAUCGAAAGAAUGCAAGUACGUUGUCUUGGACACACCAGGACAGAUUGAAGUGUUCACGUGGUCAGCCUCUGGGAGCAUCAUCACAGAAGCCUUGGCCUCAUCUUUCCCAACUGUGGUGGUGUAUGUGAUGGACACACCACGGAGUUCGAACCCAGUGACCUUCAUGUCAAACAUGUUGUAUGCCUGUAGCAUCCUCUACAAGACUAAACUGCCUUUCAUCAUCGUCAUGAACAAGACGGACAUCAUCAGCCACAGUUUUGCCCAGGAGUGGAUGUCCGACUUUGAAGCCUUUCAGGAAGCACUGGAGCAUGAGACGUCCUACGUGUCCAACCUGACGCGGUCCAUGAGUCUCGUUUUGGAUGAAUUCUACUCCAAUAUCAAAAGUACUGGAGUAUCUGCCGCCACGGGCGAGGGUCUCGACGAUUUCCUGGCUCAACUGGAUGUUGCCCGAGAAGAAUACGAGAAGGACUAUCGGCCAAUGUAUGAGAAAAUGAGAAGAGAGAAAGAAGAAAAAGAGGAAGCUGAGAAACAGGAGAGGAAGGACAACUUCAGGGCAGAUCGCUCGUCAGAUCAGUCAAAAAAAGACAGCCUCCUCUCCUCGGUCAGCUCCAAGGUUACCAUCGCCCCCGGUGACGAUGAGGACAGUGAUGACGAUUUCCUCGGGAGGGGUCGUGCUGUGGAUUCAGACGAGGACAAGGACCCAGAGGAGAAGUCAUUCCAGCGCUACUUGGAUGCUCGACGUCAACAGCUGGAAAAAAAAGUCCACAUCUCACAUCCGUCCCAGCCCCCACCUCCUGGUUCUUAACCUUUGUGUGAGGGACGACAGAAGGAUCAGCCUGAUUUUCCCCUGUCAUCACCAGUUUGGCACUGCAUGUCUUGAUCACCUCAAGUCAUAUGUUUGAAUUUCUAGGUCAAAUCAACUGACUCAGAUGGAAAUAACUCUUAAGAUGACAAAACUGCACAUGAACAUAUAGAUGCUGUUAUGCUUUCAUUAUGUAAUGGGAAGAGAUACAUCAACUCCCUUUUUUGUGCCGAUAGUUGGAAGGCGCCACUGGUAGGUCCUACUUCUUUAUUUUCUGUGUUGUUUCUGUCCAUCUGUUUUUUCUUUUUUCCGGCAUUAAAUGACCAUUAUUGUGUCAAUAUGCUUCUCUUUCCUCGAACAAAUGAGUAUCUUUUUGUUGUUGCCCUCUAACCUUUGCUAAGGUCAAUCUGCUGCUCCACAGUAAAAGCCAGGAGUCAGCAUGCACUAUAAAUGGUGUCAAAAGUACUAUUGGCUAACUUUUGCGUCUUCUGGCAUCAUUUGAAUCAGAAGGUGCUUCAGACGUGUAAGUGUUUCGGCAAUUUCAAUUUUGACUCCCGAGUAAAAAAAAUGUUUCCCUGGCCGGUUGUUUCCAACCAAACGUCUCUGGCCGGCAGAAAUUGUCAUGGAAAAUGGGGGAGCAUGCCCCUGGACCCCUUAGUUAAGCCUUGUGCGUGCGGCGCUCUGAGGGCCACUUACACGCCUUCCUCUUCCUUUCUCUGUCUUAAAACAUUUUUGAAAAGCCAGUAGUACUUUUACCGUACAACACCAUUGAUAUAUUUGUUAUAUAACUGAAGGCUGGUAUCUUUGUUCAUCGUGUGGGUCUGCUUGACACAUGUGUGUUUGUUGUGUGGUUGAGACGAGCUUAUGAGCUCAACCUGAGCAUUUGAGACUUUAGAAAAUGGAAAAGAAAAAAAAAGUUGCUUAUCUUUUAAAAUGAUACUGAAGUGUGAGAAAAUUAAACAUUAAACUCACUUGUCUAGAAUCAA